AUGCCAUCACCCCCACUGUCCAUUGUACAGUCGCUCUCUCCUCGUAUAGCGGUCCUCACUUCACAGGAUGUCGUUCAGUCGUGCGAGGCAAAUGGAUGUAGAGGGUUGGAGGAGCUCUUGAGACCUUGGGAAGGGGGUACCGAGAGAGUGUCUAUUCUAUCGACAACCCUCUCACCAACAAUACAUCCAACAUUUCCUGUUCGCUUCGUAUCGUUCGAAUCGGUAUAUACCAAUCCAGCUUUAUCAGCACCUAGUCCGGAUGUCACCGUAGAUCUCAUUAGUAGCUUCGUGGGUGCUAAGAAGCCAGAUGAAGAACAGCAUUAUGCCAUUACUCGGUCAUUACUCCUUUCCUCGAGGCCUCUAGCCAGUCAUGAAACAUUCAACCACCCUGUUGGAAUUCUCUUUGCCGUAUCUACAGCUACUCCAGAUCCCCUUGGAACACUGAACAAGCUGCAUGCGCAAUCCAGUACCUCUGCUAUUCAGAACGUACCAUGGAUGGACGGCAAUACGGUACUGAGGUUCUAUGUGGUAGUGCACGAUGUGAAUACGAUGGGGGAUGAUAUGGCUCCUGCUCACGAACUACUAGCAAACGUCAAGAAAGCCUAUGGACCUCAUUCGACCUUGUUAGUGAUAAAUUCUCAGAUCGAACAUCGAGAACCACCAAUGUCACCAGACGUAGCUACCCAUCCUUCCAUCCCACUCCCUCGUCCAUUCACACCUGAACAAUCCAACCCCUCUGCCCUUUCCCAGGUAUAUGCUUCGGCCCUAUCUUCCCUGACACUCUCACCCAUGGCCGCGGCUUCUGCCUCACUUGGCGAAUCAGCCGUAUCCGAUACGCCCUUUUCACCUUCGCGUCCCGUUCGUAGGAAAUUGUACGGUGCGAAGUUGACCGCAGAGGAUACUCAGAGAUUAGCAGCGUUAGUGAGAGAACUGGUAGUUCAAAGUUUGGUUCCGUGGAUGGAAGCUAGAGUGAGGGAAUGGAAUGAAGUGUAUCAUGCGAAUAGGAGAGGUAUCACAGGUAGAUUGUUCGGUGCGGGAAGGAAAUUCUUCGGUAGUAGACCUAACAGCCCUGCACCUGGGACUACACCUACUGGGUAUAACACCGUGAAGGGAUACUACCCCACCAGCGCGGUCGAAGCUCUAUCUCGACGAUUAGCAGAUUUUGCCUUCAUGCUUCGAGAUUAUAAAUUUGCUGGAAGCGUAUACGAUUCGUUACGGAAAGAUUUCGCUCAAGAUCGAGCAUGGCGUUAUGCGGCAGGUGCAACGGAGAUGUACGGUUUAUGUUUGUUGUUAUCUCAUCCAUUCUUCUUACCCUCUUCACCACCUACCAAACCGGUAUCAUUCACGAACCUACAGCAUACAGAGAUAACCUCAUGGUUGGAACAAGCUGUUGCGGCCUACCAUCAACAUUCACCUAUAACGCAAAUCCAACUGGAUGCACUGCGGAUAACGGUUCUGUACUAUGAGGCUUGGAAAGCGAUCGGUGAAUGGAGAUCAGUAGGAUACUGUUUGGUGAAAGGAUCGGGUGAAUCGGAUGAAGUUCCAAGUGCAGUAAUGAUUGAGGAGGCUGCCGCGGCAGAUGUAAAAGGGGGCAAAAGUCAGAAGGGAAAGCGAAGACGAGCUUUCCAUUUGGUAUUGGCUGCGAGAAGAUACGAAACGGCAGGUUUGAAAACAUACUCUCGACGAUGUCUCGAACGUGCUUCGCAGAUAUACCGCGAUUCACCUUGGACAUCAGCCCAAGAUAGGAUAGAAUAUUCCCUAGGUAGACAGGCGUACACUCUAGGUGAAAGUGAUGUUGCCGUGGAGCAUUUCCUGAGGCUAUUGAGAAGAGAAGAUACCGGUGUACCUGGAUCACAGGCUGGUCCGUUACAGGAUAUGGCUCAGGCGUACGAGCAACUCGCUUCUCGCCCGGACUUACUCGCAGAAUCAUCAGAGAAGCUUCAAUUACCAACACCGAUCUUCGAUAUUCAGAAAACUCGUAUCGUACCUCCUGCCGAAGCUUCUACGUCAGGGUCGACGAGGGAACGAUGGGUAGAACUGGAAAGUCAAGCCUUGAAUACAUGGGAUAGAAAAGGGAAGAAACCUAUGACUCUGUUACCUGAUGAAAAGCGGAUCGUAGUGGGGGUCGAUGAGACAUUCCAGGUUGAACUUUCCGCUACCAAUCCUCUGAACGCUCCUCUGAUCCUCAAAGAGGUCACCGUCGCUUUCGACACGCCGGAGAACAUCGAUAUCCAGUCUAUACCGGAGAUCACACUUGAUCCUUAUGAGACUCGCAUACUCUCGAUAUCCGUCACACCCCUUUCUGCAUCACUAUCUAUAAUCAAAUUGUCCAAUGUUACAUUCUUGUUCCACGAAUUCUUCCCUUGUAAACAAUCAUUGAUAAGGAAAGGUAAACGGUUGCAUGCUACUAAAGCACAGCGGAUCAAUCCUACUUAUGCGGAAGAUCAGAGUCUGACAGUGUCGAUUACACCUUCGCAAGCGGGAUUAUACGUUGAAUUGGAAGGUAUACCGGAAAUGUUGUACGAGGGUGAAGAAGUUGAGGGGAAAGUGAGGUUGAAGAAUAGAGGGAAAUUGAAGAUUAGUGGCCUGGGGAUGAUAUGGAAUGAAUAUGGAAGUAUACGGCGUAAAGUUGAUACCAAGCAUCAAGAUACCCCUCAUAACAAUAUACCCAAUAUAAUACAGAGCAAUGCGAUACAACCGCUAUAUGACGAAGAUAUACCCCCAGGAGAAGAACGCGAAAUUACAAUCAUUUUCACGGCUACAAAGACGGGACCCAUUGACUUAUUAGGUCUGAUCCUGUUCUCCAAUCCCGACGAUGACACGACGACUACUUCUGCUACUCCUGUCUACCACCAUGUGGUAGUCCGACCUCUUCUAAGGCUCAAUGCUCAGAUCAGAUCGACAGGAGUUGAAGUGCAGGAGUAUGUGAUAGUGUUGGAGAUCACGAACCAGUCGAGCGAGGUGGUGACGAUCGAUAGUAUUGAUGGAAUCAGUCCCGCUUGGAUAGUCGACUCUUACCGGAGUUGCGAAAUACUACAUCCGAAUCAGACAUUACGAUCCUUACUAUCCAUUAAGUAUGACUCGUCACAUCAGCAUGAUCUACGUCAGACCAAUGUCAUCGAGGCCCUAGGUAACUUAGUGAAAGGACAACCUAUCGAAGAGGUCUCAACGUCCUUACAGAGUGAUAUCUCGUUCAGCAACAAGUCUCUGACAAGUGAUCAAUCACAAUCUUACCUCAUACAUAGACGAUCGAAUAGGCUGGAGCAUCUAUCAGCUCAUUUCCCAACUAUACCUCCAACCUACUUCAACAAGUUAUUUCAACUGGUUGAACCGCUGCAUCUGGAUCUGAUAGUAAACUACUCUAUCAUGCCUUCGACGUCAAGUUCAGAAGUACAAGCUAGAAAGGGAUCCGCGUAUAUCCACUCAUUGAACCCUUCACCUUCGUUCUCUCUGGUAGAGACUCUGCGAGAAGAGAUCAAUCAACUGAUAAUCUCCGGAAGUAAAUCCCAGAGAACGAUGUACGAGGAAACAUCUCGGUUGCGUAGAUUGUUAAUGACCAGUGUGUUGGAUGGGAUACUCUCAAGAGAGGAUGAUCCGGUGAAAGUAAGGGUUAGGGUCCCUGAUGCAAAUAGAGGGAAGGUAACUCAUGAUUUCAGGAAGAAUGGUCCUAAGAAAUUGCCAAUCAUCUUUGAAAUCUCGAAUCAAUCACCUCUACUUCCUAUACGAUACAUACUGAAUUUACCCCAACCCUCUUCGCUGAACAACGAUGAUAUGUCCACACCUCAGUAUAUAGGCUCGUUAGUUCGUAAAGGGACUAUAGCACCUAGUGGAAAAGAAAGAGUGAAAGUUGAUAUAUGGAUAUGCGAGCCUUGUCUUACGGGUUUGGGAGGAUGGGAAUUGAGGACUGAACUUGGUGAACUCCAGCAGGAAGAAGGACAAUGGAUAGCUAGACGAUCUUGGAGUAGAGUCGGGGAUGAACAGGUAUUGGAGACAAGAGGGUUGUGA